AAGAUGAAGAAAAGAUGGGAAGAUAAGGUUAAAAGAAUUGAACAUUUAGAACAGCUAUACAACAAAUGGCCUUUAUCACCUCCAUAUAAACCAAAGCUUUCAAAGCCAUGGCAGCCCUCGUCUAUCUGGAAGAUUUUUUGUCGUCAAAACCUAGCGUUUAGUUUUGCUAAAGGAUGUAAAGAGGAAGUUCAUUUGUUUGCUCUCGAAAAAGAAGGAGAUUGUGAAGGCCAAAGGAUCUAUUUAGUAACAACUUACACACAGCUUUGGCAUUACUACAGGAUGCACAUGCAGUCUUUAAUGCACUGCUAUGAAGUAAUACCAGAAGGAUGCGUUUGUAAGCUAUACUUUGACUUGGAGUUCCACAAGCCUUCAAAUAAAGAAGCAAACGGAAAGAAUAUGGUGGCUGCAUUAAUCCAGUAUGUUUGCCAGAAACUUGAAGAAGUAUAUCAAAUCAAAUGCUGUACUGAAGAUGUACUAAAUUUGGAUUCUAGUACUGAAGAAAAGUUCAGUCGACAUCUUAUAUUCCUUCUUUGUGAUGCAGCUUUUAAAGAUAACUUGCAUGCUGGUAAUUUUGUCAAGAGCGUCAUGAAUCCUGGAAUUCUGGAAUUGCAAAGACGAAAUCCUUUACAAAGCAGCGGUAUCACAAAUACCCCAUCUGCCUCUUAUCUUCCUGAAAGUAAUGAAGAACUUGAAAAUUCAACAAGGAACAGACAGAACACCACUGCUGUGGAUUUUCCUCCUAUUUUCGUCAAGGAUAAAUCUGGGCGUGAAACUUUGUUUGUUGACCUAGGUGUCUAUACCAAGAACAGAAAUUUCCGUGUAUACAAGUCCACUAAAGCAAAAAAGAAAGCAGCUCUGAACUUGGCAGAGGACAAUAUGUUUAUGCUACAUCCAAGGAAGGAGGUUUUAAAAGAAGAGGACAUUUUCUUGUCUUCUUUGAUCAGCAAUAUUAGGUUUACGGACAGGUUACGAAUUCUGACUUUUGAAGAGAACACAAUUGAAAAAUCGAAAUAUCUGUGUGGAUCUGAAACUCCAUCAUGCUUCACAGCAGAUGUUGCUGGGCAGAAUGUGAACUCACCUUAUCCAGAAGUUGAUAACUUCAUCCUGUCUUUGGUAAAUGGACAUGGUGUUCAAGGAGGCAUACGAAGAUGGAAUUACUUCUGCUUGGAGGAACUUCUAGUUUAUGACAUUUCAAAAUAUCGAUGGUGUCAGAAUAUACAGAGACACCACAAAAGCAACAAUAUAAUGAUUAUGGUAGAUCUGCGAAAUGAAGUUUGGUAUCAGAAAUGCCAUGAUCCUGUGUGCAAAGCAGACAACUAUAAGUCCAAAGCCUGCCCUCUACCACCAGAUAUUUGUCUGAGCUUCCUGCUGACUGAGGACCCUGAAGAUAUUCAGUAUACAAUGGACAGAGCUGGAAAUAUUGAACUGAGCCCCAAUACAGUGAGACACGAGGAGUUCAAACGGACACCCCAGUUAGAAUGGGAUGAUGGUGCUGAUGAUGAAUUGUAUUUGAAGGUUUUGGAAGAUGUAGAGGAAGAAAGCAAGCAAAGUGAAAAAAGAAGAAAAUAUGCAGAAAUUCCUGAUGAGCUUUUGCUGGAAGCCCUAAAUGAACACGAGACAUUGAUGACUUAAUGUGCUCUGAGAGACAGCUUCUUCAGGACCACACUAACAGCAUGUUACUUCUUCAUAAAAGGUGCUGUGUAAGAGUAUUCAUUUGAGACUGGUCUAUAAAACAUAGAAAGUGAAUAUAUUAUGCAUUUUAAUAACAUUUAACUUUUAUUAACAGGACAAAGAAUA